AUGAAACAUAUCUUAAGAUUUUUACUUAUCUUAAUAAUCGCGACGGUUUUUAAGUCCGUCGCGGUGAGCAUAAAUAAUACCCUCGUGAUUCGUUCUGCGACACCUACCGGAGAUACAACAUGGGACAAUUGGAAUGGAGAAGUUCAUGUCACUCCAAGUGCCAUUUUUAAACCAUCUACACUUGAUGACCUUAAAGACAUUGUGAAAUUAGCAAAGCAAAAUGGAAAAACUAUUCGAUGCGCUGCCCAAGGACAUAGUGUAAGUGAUCUAUCUUAUACACAGAACUAUCUGGUGAUAGUUACAGAAUUAACUCAGGUCACUGUGCAAGAAGAUCCAAAAUAUGGCUGGACUGUUACUGCUGAAGCGGGUACGCCAUUAUCAAAGCUUGAUGAUGUACUCCGAAAACAUGACCCACCAUUAACUCUCGACUCAGAGACUGUAUUUGACUCAUUUCGAGUAUCCGGUGUUGUUGCGGUAGGUGCACAUGGUGCAAAGACUAGUUCAGGUAUUAUAUCAGAUCAGAUUGUCUCGAUGAAGAUUGUCACUGCCUCUGGUGACGUAGUCACAUUUAGUGAAGAAAUAGACAAACAAGAAUUUAAUGCUGCAAAAGUCAACCUAGGUUUAUUCGGUAUAAUUUAUUCGGUGACUUUCCGUGUACAACCGAUGUACAACCUUCGUAUGACUGACACCCUUUAUCCAGCAAAAGAAUGGAUUAAACCACAAAAUAUUAAAAAUAUUUUAGAAGUUUCUGAUGGAAUUGAAAUAUUUUAUUGGCCAUUCAAUGGAUUUAAUCAGGGUGAUCCAUCUCAUCCUGACCCUAGCAAAGAUCUAAUUUGGGUUAAGAAUUGGGUACGAACUAAUGAACCUGUGACUUUACCGCCAGAAGCACUCGCUCAAUUACGUUACAAUUAUACACAAGGUAUUAUUCAACAGUAUAAUACUUUAAAAUUCCUAAUACCAAAUCCUCUGUAUACCCCGAAUAUUACUGCUUCGAUAUGGGAUAGCAGUUUUGGUGCUGCCGGUAAUACUAGUAUGGUAUUGAAUGCUCCUGAUGCUAUGCAUUACAUACCUGCAGAAGAAAGUGCUUUGUUUAAUCUGUGGGAAAUUGGAUUCAAAGUUGAUCCGGAUUUUUCUAAUGUCGCCACUGAAAUUUCUUUCAUAAUUCAAGCAUUAUAUGAUUUUGCAGCAAAAGGGAAAUUUCCAGUAAACUACAUUGCAGAUUUUAGAAUUAUAAAAUCAACUGAGGCUCUAUUUUCCACUACUUUUGAUCAUGAUCCAAAAGCAUUAUAUUGUCAAUUGGAUCUCGAAACAGUUUACAAUACUCCUUCCUGGGAAGAAUUUAUACAAUCAUUAGGGCAAAGAUAUUUUACUAAUAAAUACAAUGCAAAGCCUCAUUGGGGAAAAGAAUGGGAAACUACACCAGGCAUUAUACCUUAUCUUUCUAAAGCCUUAAAAGAACCAAUUAAACAAUUUGAGAAAGUGCGUGCAAAGUAUGACCCUAAUAAAAUGUUUUUCGAUAAUAAGUCCUUGCAGGACAUAUUUAGCGGUGCUUUAGGUCCGAAAAGUUAA